GGAACCAAAAGACACUCGGCGACUCGGCUACUGAGAUUCCUUGGCUCGCAAGAAUUCACCGAUUCCAUCAGAAUUCAGAAACCCUAAACGCCUUCGCUUUUUUUCGUUCGAUUGAUCAGUUCUCUCUCUCUUUCUUUCUCUCAGGAGGUCAACAUGAUUAUGCUUGAGCAGGAUAUAAUUCAAAUUGUGUAAGAAUUUUGUGGAUAUCAGCAGUUGGAGAUUUUUUCAAGCUUUAAGAAACAUGGAAGCCAGUGAUUGGAGAGCUAAACUAUUACCACGAUCUCGAGAAAAGAUCGUGGUCAAGAUCAUUGACACAUUAAAGAAGUGUGUUCCAUCUUCUAAGAUAAAUGAUUUAGCUGGUAUUAAGAAACUUGCUGAGAGUUUUGAGGAGAUGAUUUAUGCAGCUGCCAAAGAUGAGGAUGAUUAUAAAAGGAAGAUAGCAGUGAAGAUGAUAAGUGUAAGAGGGCAAUCAUCCCGGACUGUUGUGCCUAAUUCUUCACAAUCGAGGCCCUCCUGUUCUGGUGAAACACGAGAAUCUCAUGGUAUCCAGUCCCAAGUGGACAAGCAUAGGCAAUCACUUAAUCCUCAUUCCACCAAUCAGUCUCAACAUCAGUUGUCACUGAAUGCUGAGAAUAAUGUUGCAUCUUCUGGAAUUUAUGCCAGCAUACGAUAUGCACAGCCUCCUCUCAGUGAUUUAACUGUAACUGCUAUGCCAAAUGUUGUCACUAAAGUUUCCAACUUGCGGACUACCUCUGGCAUUUCACAGAAUUCAGUUGGAAAUUCAGUGGGACAAGGGAUGUAUUCUGGUCUUUCUCCCAAUAACCCGAUACAGGUUCAAGGAAGACAACGUUCACUGCAGGUGGCUACCCAACAGAACCACCAGCAGCCUCAGAAGUUACUACAGGAUUCUUUUCAGCUGCAACAACAACCCCUUAAACAGGAUUAUAUUGCACCCUCACAAUCAUCUGCAGUUUCUGACCAUCUACAGAGUCAGCAGUCUUCCUGUCAACAGUCAUCACAGCCUCUGCUCAUGAAACAUCCACAAACAGUUGUAAGACAACUGCAACCAACACAACAGGUUCCUGUUACUCAUCAAAAUGAAUCACCAAUGCUGGGCAAGCCACUGUUGCCUUCACAUCAGCAACCACAACUAAUGAAGAAAAAUAUGGCUGCUACCAGUAUGACACAGAAUCGGUUGAUUGGGAAACAAAGUAGUGCCCCUUACUCGCUGCAGCAGCGGCAAGGGUUACCAUGCCUGCAGAAAAACUCUCAAAACUUGCAGCAGGAGCAUUCGCAAGGCCAGCAAAACAACACACAUCAGCAGCAGUUGGCCGGACGAAGUAAUUUUUCUGUACUACAGCAGCAAAAGCAGCUGCUUGGGAAACAAUGUGAUAAUUUGAGUAUGCGUCAAACUCAUGUUGCAAUGGAGGGGCAAACCCAACAGACAGCUUCAGCUUCAGCUUCGUUGUCAACUCAAGGGCAACAAUUACAACCACCACUUCCAGAGAGGCAAUUGAUAUCUCAAUCACAGCCAGAAAAGGUACAACGGCUGCCAAAUCCAUCACAACAAGAUGGAAUGGAAAAUUUUCAAAGAUCAGGAGCACUGAAUCCCAGAUCUGAAAAAACGUUUGCAAAUAUUGGUGAUUGGCAAGAGGAGAUUUAUCAGAAGGUUGAAGGUCUGAAAAUCAGGUAUUUAAAACAGCUUAAUGGGAUUUGGCAGACAUUAACUAAUAGACUCCAGCAGGUCCAGCAGCACGGUUCUGUUCCUCAACAACCAAAGACAGACCAAAUAGAAAAACUUAUUCUUGUGUUGAAUCAAAUUAUAGCGUUCCUAAAUGUGUCCAAAAGCAAGAUUACACCUGCUCAUGGUGAGCACUUGGGUUUACUUGAAAAGAAGAUAGGUUUUGUUCUUCAUUCGACUGGAAAGAAGUCUGUUUCUUCAUCACAGCAAGGAAAACUUUAUCCUGACGUGAAGUCUGUGCAACAGUUGCCACAGCCACAAACUCAGACAUCUCAAGUGCAACGACUUGAAGAUCAAAAGAUACCACAACUGCAAUCUACCGUGUCACAGCAGAAUUACUCACCAAGCUUGCAGCAUGAAUCUAAGUCUCCUUUAUCUGAGCCUGGAACCUUGCAGCAAAACAUGAUGCAUUCAAUAGAGCAUUUGACAAUUUCAGAAAAAGAAAAUUCAGUGAAAGUAAUGCAGCAAGUUGCCAAGGGAUCCUUAAGAAGUCCUGCGAGCAUUCCCAAUCAAGCAAAUUUUAACACCUUAAUGUCAAUAAGCCACAUGAAUGUGUCACAGUCAAGUGUGACUCCUCUUGAGUUGAGCUCUGAUACAUUUCAAAACAUGCAUCUGAAACAAAGAAGAGAUAAUCUGGAUGUACUAACUCAAAAGCCUAAGCAGGAAUUUCAAAAGCACAAAACACAGCACCAAUUGGUACAUCAGAAUCGCCAAAUAUUGCAGCGGCAGCAGGCUGCAAAGCCACAGGCCGAGGAAAACAAACAGAAUCAGUUGAAUGAUGUAAAUGGUUUGAAAGUGGGAUUAGGGAUGAGUGUCAAGGAGCCACAUCAUCAGAAAAAUGCAGUAAACGACUCAAGAGUAAAACGAGGGAGGGGUGUUAAAUCAGGACUUAUUUUGCAACAUCAGUCAGGUGGCUUGCCCUCAGUGUAUAAUUCUCAGCAUUCAAACUCAGGAGCUUCAUUUCCAAUUUCUUCACCCAAAGUCUCCUGUUCUCCAUUAGCUCAGCAUUCUCCUCAGAUUGAUUUGCAGAAUCUGCCAACACCUCUUACAAAAGCUGGAAGCCAUUUCCAUACUGCAAACUCUACCUCUGCCAUACCUUCAUCCUCCUUGAUUCAAUCCUCUAUGUCAGGGAGUUGUGGGAAGCUUACUUCUGAUACUUCGUCACUACCAGAUGCUGAAAAUACUGGACAUUGUGGGCCCAGUUCAGAAGGACCAGCCUCAUCACUUGUCAUCUGCACUCCUGGGAUUUCAGCCUCGCCAUUUCUUGAGGAGUCCAGUGCUCUGGAUGGCAUUGAUUGUAAAAUGUCUACAAUAAUUUCUGAUGAGCCGAGUGUAGCUGAGCAGCCUCUUCAGCGCUUAAUUAAUGUGGUGAGCUCGAUCUCAUCCCAAGCAUUUAGUGCUUCUAUUACUGACAUUGGAUCUGUAAUGUGUCUGUCUGAUUGGAUAUCAAGUUCACCGCCAGCUAAUGGAUCUAGUGCUUCAAUUGGUGAGGAUUUGACUAAGUCUUGUUUGGAACCAAGAUAUUUAAUUAGGCAGAAUGAUUCUUAUGAAACAAGAAAAAUGAAGCGGUUAUUAAGUGCAAUGUCCUUGAAUAUUUACCCAACAAAUGGCGGCAUACAUGAUGGCUACAGAAGGUGGAUUGACAUGGAGGAGCCCGAGUUGGAGUCAUCUACAACAUCUAGUACCAAAAGGCCCAGGAUUGAGGCCAAGCAUGCUCUGUCAGAAGAAAUUAGGGAAAUAAACCAGCAACUGAUAGACACUGUGGUAGUUAUUAGUGAUGAAGAUACCAUUCCAACUGCAGCUGCAACUGAAGGUGGUGAAGGUACCAUUGUCAAGUGUUCCUUUAGUGCUGUGGCCAUCAGUCCAAACUUUAAGUCACAGCUGGUUUCGGCUCAGAUGUCGCCAAUUCAGCCAUUAAGAUUGCUUGUUCCCACAAAUUAUCCAUAUACUUCUCCCAUACUCCUAGAUGAAAGGCUAUUGGAUGCCAGAGAGGAUCCCCAGGAUCUUUCAGUGAAGGUAAAGUCAAAGCUCAACUUGUCUCUCAGAAGCCUGCUGGAGCCCUUGUCUCUUGAGAGGAUAAUAAUGACGUGGGAUUUCUGUGCCCGAUCAGUUCUCUCUGAGUAUGCACAGCAGAAUGGUGGAGGGAGCUUCAGUUCAAAAUAUGGAACUUGGGAGAACUGUCUCAGUGCUGCUUGAAUCAUUUUGCAAGAUCCCUGUUUAUAUGCAUGGAGUCAGAGGUGAUGGAUUAAGCUUUAUCUGCCAAUUGUAUAGGCUGCUGUGAUGCUUGUAAAUGCUUUUUCAUUAUGUAAUUAACCAUCGACAUUGCUUAGCACGGUGGAAAUCUACUGAGGUUUCAAGACAUAAUAAUCUGCUGGCCUAUAAAGAGCUGAGGGAAGUCAAGCUUAGUCCUUUUGUUUUGAGCUUU